AAAACUCAUCUUCCCCCCCAACAUGUCUGUAAAUCCGCGCAAGAGAAAAGUAGUCACGCGCCCGGCGCCUGAGCCCAGCGAUUCAGAGGGCGAAUUGGCCGACGGGCUGCUGGACGGCAUCUUGUCGCAUUCCGAAGACGACUCGGACGACAGCCAAGAUGGAGAAGAAGAAGAUGUCGAGACAGAUGCCAGCAGCAUAAUUGAAGGGCUUUCGGACGAGGAUGAAGAGGACGAAGAGGGAGAGGAAGAGGAAGAUAGCGACGCAGAGCAAAUCCGCGAGGAAAUGCGCAACCUCAACACCUCCGACGGUCCCUUGCGCAAGAAGAAAGUCACAUCGGCCCAUGACAUGGACCUCGACGCUGGCGCAAAUGCGGAGCUAGAUGACGACGAGAACCUCAAGCCCAACUACACCGUAACCACCGAUGCGCACGGCAACACGCGCUACCUGUACAAAGAGAUUGAUCCAAUCUACGAGUCGGACGAUUCUGAUGCAGAGGCCACCAACACAAUCGGAAACAUUGAUCUCAAGUACUACGACGAAUACCCACACAUUGGCUAUGACAUCAACGGAAAGAAGAUUAUGCGCCCAGCCAAGGGCGAGGCUCUGGAUGCGCUCUUGGACAGCAUCGACAUACCCAAGGGCUGGACAGGUCUGACGGAUCCUCAGACAGGAAAGCCGCUGAACCUGUCCGAUGAGGAGCUGGACGUGCUCAAGAGGCUCACAAGGAACGAAGUGGUCGAGGACGGCUACGACCCAUACCCAGAGAUGGUUGCCUACUUCUCUGGCAAGCAAGAAAUUAUGCCGCUGAGCGCUGCGCCGGAGCCCAAGCGGCGAUUCAUCCCCUCCAAGCACGAAGCGAAGCGUGUCAUGAAGCUUGUCAAGGCUAUCAAGGAAGGCCGCAUCAAGCCCUACAGGCCCCCGCAAGAACAGGAGGAAGAGCAGGAUGACUUCAACUUUGAUGUAUGGGCCGACGAAAAGCCACGGCCGGACAACACGAUGCACAUCCCCGCCCCCAAGCUGCCACCGCCAGGCUACGAAGCCAGCUACCACCCACCACCCGAGUAUCUACCCGACAAGGCUGAGGAGCAGGCGUGGUUGGAGGCAGACGAGGAGGAGCGGGAGAGAGACUUUCUACCCAAGAACUACGAGGCGCUGCGCAAGGUUCCUGGCUACGAGAGAUUUGUCAAGGAACGAUUCGAGCGAAGUCUGGACCUAUAUCUGGCUCCUCGUAUACGAAGAAACCGACUCAACAUCGACCCUGAAUCUCUCUUGCCUAAGCUGCCAAACCCAGAUGAGCUGAAGCCUUUCCCCACAACCUGUGCUGCGAUAUUCCGCGGUCAGGAAGGACGAGUGCGCUGCGUCUCAAUUGACCCCAACGGCAUUUUUGUUGCCAGCGGAGGCGAUGACGGCUACGUGAGAAUCUGGGAGGUCCUGACUGGCCGCCAAGUAUGGAAUGCCAAGUUGUCCGACGAGGAAGCUGUAGAUGCUGUUCAGUGGAGGCCCACCAAGGACGCAUCUGUGGUUGCCGCUGCCUGUGGCGAGAACGUCUUCUUGAUCGUGCCCUUUUCUCUUCUCUCGCCCGACGUCGAACAAGCCAGCCGCGAGGUUCUCGACGCAGGUUGGGGUUACGCCGCCUCCAAAGGCUCCACUACGCCCAAGGGCGAGGUCCCCAAGCAGCCUCCAGGCAAAUGGAGUCGACCGGGCUCGCGUCUGGAAAACAAGGGCGUCCUCGUACAAGUUGAAGUGCGUUCUGCCGUCAAGGUCCUCAAUUGGCACCGCAAAGGCGACUACUUCGCCACCGUGUCCCCGCGCGGCCAGAGCACCGCCAUCGCCAUUCACACCGUAUCCAAGCACCUCACGCAGCUCCCCUUCCGGCGCCUCAAGGGCAUCGCGCAAACGGCGCAGUUCCACCCCUCGAAAGCAAUCUUCUUCGUCGCCACCCGCAACACGAUCCGCAGCUACGACCUCGCCAAGCAGGAGCUCGUCAAGAUCCUGCAGCCCGGCGCCAAAUGGAUCUCAGCCAUUGACGUGCAUCCCGGCGGCGACAACCUCAUUGUGAGCAGCUACGACAAGCGCGUCCUCUGGAUGGACAUGGAUCUCUCCAACAAGCCCUACAAGACUAUGCGCUUCCACAAGGAGGCCGUGCGCUCCGUCCGCUUUCACCAGGGCGGCCUCCCCCUUUUCGCGGAUACCUCGGAUGACGGCACCAUCCAGAUCUUCCACGGCAACGUCGUCGGCGAUCUCAUGGAAAAUGCCACCAUUGUGCCCCUCAAGGUCCUCAAGGGCCACAAGGUCAAGAGCAGGCUGGGUGUCAUGGCCCUGGACUGGCAUCCAAGGGAACCGUGGUGCGUCUCGGCCGGUGCGGAUGGCACGUUGAGGUUGUGGUGCUAGUAGAUCACUUUAUACCAGUUGUUUUUUUUUCUUCACCUGAUUUUUGUUCGAUGGCGGGGUUCAUGAGUCUAUCGACACAUACGUAUGUAGCAUUCUGCAGGGCGUUUUAAAAAAUGAGAGAAAGAAAAACUAGGGGGGGGGGUAUGUGCAGAGAAGAUUUCAA